AUGGGUUCUCGAUUAUCAAUGUGUAAAGGUUACAAAGAGGAAAGCAUUACCACAACUACCAGGCAGCCCACUUCCGGUCUAGACCUAACACCAACCAUCCUUACAAGAUCUCAAAUAAAACCAACCGUCCCCGGGGGUGUCACUGCAGUAGCUAUUGGCACCCUGGAGGUCAUCAAUAAGAUCCAUUCAAGAAUUGGUGUCCUUAUUUCUGAUUUUACCAGGCAAGCAGUGAUGUCACGUGGACCUGAUGGACUCCAUGUUGAUGAUUCCAGUUUAACAAAAGUGAUGUCAUCUCAGUUGCAAUGUGCAUCAGAGUGUAUACUAGACGAUACGUGUCUUGGAUUUGCCUAUUCCCAACCCAGUAAAAAAUGUCAGUUGAUGUCGGAUUCAAUUUUAGAUUCUGGUGAUUUUAUAAACGAACACGGUUGGAAAAUAUAUUACCUGUAG